GGCUGGCGGGGCUCCGGCGGCCGCGGGCUUCUGCACCGGGACGUGUCCCGCCGAGCCAUGGGCAACGAGGCGAGCUUGGAAGGGGAAGGGCUCCCCGAAGGGCUGGCGGCGGCCGCAGGCGGGGCUGGCGGCUCGGGGAGCGCCCUGCACCCCGGGAUCCCAGCCGGCAUGGAGGCGGACCUGAGCCAGCUGAGCGAGGAGGAGAGGAGACAGAUCGCUGCUGUCAUGUCAAGGGCGCAGGGGCUGCCCAAGGGAAGCGUCCCCGCGGCCGCUGCGGAGUCGCCUUCCAUGCACAGGAAACAAGAGUUGGAUAGCAGUCAGCCUCCCAAGCAACCAGGAAAGCCACCGGACCCUGGGCGUCCCACUCAGCCUGGACUCAGUAAAAGUAGAACUACAGAUACGUUCAGGUCGGAGCAGAAAUUGCCUGGAAGGAGUCCAUCCACUAUUAGCUUGAAAGAAUCCAAGUCUAGAACUGAUUUUAAGGAAGAAUACAAGUCUAGUAUGAUGCCUGGUUUCCUCUCAGAUGUUAACCCUCUAAGUGCUGUCUCCUCUGUGGUAAAUAAAUUCAACCCUUUUGAUUUGAUAUCAGACUCUGAAGCAUCCCAGGACGAAACUACACGGAAACAAAAAGUUGCUCAGAAGGACCAAGGAAAAUCAGAAGGAGUCACAAAACCUCCUUUACAGCAGCCGUCACCCAAAUCGGUUCCUAAACAGCAGGGGCCAGCGAAGGAAGUGAUACAACAGGACAGCCCUCCCAAGUCAGCAUCCUCCCAACAAACAGAAAAAAUAAAAACACAACCCCCCAGCACAGGAAAGCCUUCCCAGGCAUCUUCCCAGCCUCCACCAACAGACCAGGCAAAGGUGCCUAUUCAAAGAGAUGCAGCCAGGCCUCAGACUAAACCUUCAGACACAGGAAAGCCUUCCCAGCAGAGUCCAGCCAAAACACCAGCUCAGCAAGCAAGUCCUGGGAAAUCUGGAGCCCAACAGUCUGGACCUGCAAAAGCAACAGUCCAGCAGCCAGGGCCAGCAAAGUCCCCAGCUCAACCAGCAGGGACAGGGAAGCCCCCAGCCCAACCUCCAGUGGCAUCCAAGCCUCCAGCACAGCAGGCUGGAGUCGAGAAGACUUCAUCUCAGCAGCCUGGGCCAAAGUCUCUCACUCAGACUCCUGGUCUUGGAAAGAUUCCACCAGGGCCAGUAAAGUCUGCAGCCCAGCAGCAAGGGACAGCGAAACUCCCAGCUCAACAGCCUGGCCCACAGCCUCCGGCUAAGGUACCUGGGCCUACAAAGACUCCAGCUCAGCAAUCUGGACCUGGAAAGAUACCAGCUCAACAGCCAGGCCCAGCAAAGCCUUCACCUCAGCAGCCCACUCCAGCAAAGCCUCAGCCUCAGCAACCAGCUCCCACAAAGCCUCCACAUCAACAGCCUACCCCAGCAAAGCCCCACCCUCAACAGCCCACUCCAGCAAAGCCCCAACCUCAGCAGUCCACUCCAGCAAAGCCCCAGCCUCAGCAGCCCGCUCCAGCAAAACCCCAGCCUCAACAGCCCAGUCAAGCAAAGCCCCAGCCUCAACAGCCUGCUCCAGCGAAACCCCCAGCUCAACAGCCCAUGAAAGCGACAAGCCAAACAGUAACUGGAAGGCCUGUGCAGCCACCACCAAGUUCUGCAGCAGAGAGUCCAGGACAAGGUCUCUCUAAAACCAUCUGCCCCCUUUGUAACAGCACUGAACUUCUGUUGCAUAUUCCAGACAAGGCCAAUUUUAACACAUGCACUGAGUGUCAAACCACCGUCUGUAGCCUCUGUGGUUUUAACCCCAACCCUCACUUGACUGAGAUCAAAGAGUGGCUCUGUUUAAACUGUCAGAUGCAGAGAGCUCUAGGAGGUGAACUGGCUCCAAUCCCGUCCUCACCGCAGCCCAGUCCGAAGGCUGCCUCUGCACCUCCUGCAGCAGCAGCCAGCAGACAGCCUGUACCAUCACAGCCGGCUUCCCCGAAGAAGGAACCUCCAGCCAGACAGGACAGCCCCAAAGCGCCUGUACCAUCCCAGCCGGCUUCCCCGAAGAAGGAACCUCCAGCCAGACAGGACAGCCCCAAAGCGCCUGAGCAGAAGAAGCCGCCGCCCCUGGUGAAGCAGCCAACCCUUCAUGGACCUGCCCCAGCCACAGCCCCAAAGCCUCCAGUGGCAGAGGCCUUACCUGAGCCAGGCCCUCCCAAGGAGCCUUCCGCACCCCUACCUGAACAAGCCAAGGCCCCUGUUGUAGAUGUUAAACCAAAGCAGCCCAAGAUGGCAGAGCCACGCACAGAUGUUCAAUCUUCAGCAGCAGCAACAACAAAGCCUGAUAUGCUGAGUUCUCAGGCGCAGUCACAGGCUCAAGCGCAAACAGCCCCUCCUUUGAAAACAGACUCUGCCAAACCCUCACAAAGCUUCCCACCUACAGGAGAAAAAAUCACCCCAUUUGAUUCUAAAGCCAUGCCUAGGCCUGCAUCAGACUCAAAAAUUAUUUCACAUCCUGGGCCCAGUUCCGAGAGCAAGGAUGCAAAACAUGUUGAUCCAACUCAGAAGAAGGAAGAGCCUAAGAAAGCACAAACGAAGAUGAGUCCUAAACCAGAUGCCAAGCCAGUGCCAAAAGGGUCACCAACACCCUCUGGCCCACGACCUCCCACUGGCCAAGCUGCACCCCCAUCUCAGCAGUCCCUAAAGCCUCAGGAGCAAUCAAGGCGUUUCAGUUUGAAUCUGGGUAGUAUCACCGAUGCCCCAAAAUCACAACCCACGACUCCUCAAGAAACUGUGACUGGGAAACUGUUUGGGUUUGGAGCAUCCAUCUUUAGCCAAGCAUCCAACUUAAUCUCCACAGCAGGCCAGUCCGGACCUCAUCCGCAGACUGGGCCAGUGGCCCCAACAAAACAAGCGCCUACCCCAUCACAGACUCCUGCUGCUCAGGGACCACCCAAGUCCACAGGUCAGCUCCCACCAGCAGCUGCCAAGGCAACGCCUGUGAAGGAAACAAAAGCCCCAGCAGCUGAGAGCUUAGAAUCGAAACCAGAGCAAGCUCCAGCAGUGAAGAGGAUAGAGAAAGACAAGAAGGCCCCACCCAGUAAGGCCAGCAAACCUCUACCUGCUGAGCCUGAAAAGGCUGUACUCACGCACAAGCCGGACAAGACCAAACCCGAGCCAACCUGUCCUCUUUGCAAAACAGAGCUCAACAUAGGCUCUCAGGACCCUCCCAACUUCAACACCUGCACAGAGUGCAAGAGUCAAGUGUGCAAUCUCUGUGGAUUUAACCCAACACCCCACUUGACCGAGAUUCAAGAAUGGCUUUGCUUAAAUUGCCAGACGCAGAGAGCAGUAUCAGGACAACUUGGAGAUAUGGGCAAAAUGCCGCCCAUAUCAUCAGGAUCCAAGGCAUCCCCUGUGCCUGCCCCUGCGGAACCAUCAACCCAGAAAACACCCGCAGGGGCCCAUGUAAAAGGUAAAAAGAAGGAAACAGAAGUAAAAACUGAAACUGAAAAACUUAUUCCAGAAAAAGAAACACCAUCAAUUGAGAAAACCCCUCCAACGGCCACCACAGAUCAAAAACUAGAAGAGAGUAAACUAGACAAGGGCAAAGUUUCAACCCGGCAAGAGAAGAAACCACCCUCUGAAAAAGAGCAGCCGCCCAUCGAAGAUAAAACCGGAAAGAAGCCACCUGCAGAAGAAAAGUCGGCACCUGCAGAAGAAAAACCACCGCUGGAAGGAAAGAAGCCAGCCCCUGAAGAAAAGAGAUUACCCCCAGAGCAAAAGCCACUGGCCGCGGAGGGGGAAGAGAAACGCGACAUACUUGAAGCUCAUGUAGACAUUCUCGAAGAGGCCGCAGGAAGAGUGGCCGCAAAGACAGCGGAGAAAGAGGAGCAGCCGGAGGCCAGGACUGCAGAUCUGCCACUGGAUGCUCCUCAGACUCUGCCCAAGGCAGGAGAGAAGGAAAGCCCAGCAGUGAAGCCCCCACAGGUGGAAGGCGGUGCCAAGUCUGACCAAGGGGAGCCCGGCAAAGAAAAAACAGAAAAGGAAGAGGACAAAUCAGACACCUCCAGUUCUCAGCAGCCCAAGAGUCCACAAGGUCUGAGUGACACAGGAUAUUCUUCUGAUGGGAUAUCAGGUUCUCUGGGUGAAAUUCCAAGUCUUAUACCAUGUGAUGAAAAAGAUUUGCUCAAAGGGCUCAAAAAGGACUCCUUCUCACAAGAAAGCAGUCCUUCCAGCCCCUCAGACUUAGCAAAAUUGGAAAGUACAGUACUAUCCAUUUUGGAAGCUCAGGCAAGUACACUGGAUGAAAAAUCAGAAAAGAAAGCACAGCCCCAGAGGGUUUCUCCCGAGCAGUCUCAGGACCAGCAAAAAACUCAGAUUCCAUCUGAAACACUGGAUGUCACUAUUUCAGAAGAGGUCAAAGAGAGCCAAGAAAAGAAAGAAAGUUCAAAAAGGGACAGCCAGCAAGGCUUUCCUUCCAGGAAGGACCAUAAAGAAAAGCCUGAGCUAGCUGAUGACCUAAGUCCAAGAAGAGCAUCCUAUGACUCAGUGGAAGAUAGCAGUGAGAGUGAAAACUCCCCCGUCACACGUAGGAAGCGGAGGACUAGUGUUGGCUCAUCAAGCAGCGAUGAGUAUAAACAGGAAGACAGUCAAGGUUCGGCGGAAGAGGAGGACUUCAUUCGCAAACAGAUCAUAGAAAUGAGUGCUGAUGAGGAUGCUUCUGGCUCUGAAGAUGAUGAGUUCAUUCGGAGUCAGCUCAAAGAGAUCAGCGGUGUGACUGAAAGCCAGAAGAGGGAAGAAGCAAAAGGGAAAGGGAGAAGCACAGCAGGAAAACACAGGAGACUGACUCGCAAGAGUAGUGCCAGCUUCGAUGAUGACGCAGGGCGACGCCACUCCUGGCAUGACGAGGACGACGAAACAUUUGAUGAAAGUCCUGAACUCAAAUUUCGAGAAACUAAAAGUCAGGAGAGUGAAGAAAUUGUAGUUGCUGGAGGAGGAGGGUUACGGCGAUUUAAGACGAUCGAACUCAACAGUACAACAGCAGAUAAAUACUCUGCAGAAUCCUCUCAGAAGAAAACAACUUUGUAUUUUGAUGAGGAGCCGGAAUUAGAAAUGGAAAGCCUGACAGACUCACCUGAGGACAGAUCUAGAGGAGAGGGUUCCUCUAGUCUCCAUGCAUCCAGCUUCACUCCUGGCACAUCCCCUACAUCAGUAUCAUCACUCGAUGAGGACAGUGACAGUAGCCCAAGUCACAAAAAAGGAGAGAGCAAGCAGCAGCGCAAAGCUCGGCACAGGACACAUGGCCCUCUUUUACCUACCAUUGAAGAUUCUUCGGAGGAAGAAGAAUUGAGAGAGGAAGAAGAACUGUUAAAAGAGCAAGAGAAGCAGCGAGAAUUAGAACAGCAACAAAGGAAGAGUUCUAGUAAGAAAUCAAAGAAAGACAAAGAUGAACUUCGAGCUCAGAGAAGGAGAGAAAGACCAAAGACACCGCCCAGUAAUCUCUCUCCCAUUGAGGAUGCAUCUCCCACAGAAGAACUGCGCCAGGCGGCAGAAAUGGAGGAGCUCCACAGAUCCUCUUGUUCUGAAUACUCACCUAGCAUAGAAUCAGACCCAGAGGGAUUUGAAAUCAGCCCUGAGAAAAUAAUAGAAGUUCAAAAAGUGUAUAAAUUGCCCACAGCUGUGUCUGUGUACUCGCCAACAGAUGAGCAAUCUGCUGUGCAGAAGGAAGGUGUCCAGAAGGGUCUGAAAAGUGCUGAGGAGAUGUACGAAGAAAUGAUGCACAAAACCCACAAAUAUAAAGCUUUCCCAGCUGCAAAUGAACGAGAUGAAGUCUUUGAAAAAGAGCCAUUGUAUGGUGGCAUGUUAAUAGAGGACUACAUUUAUGAAUCUUUAGUAGAGGACACGUACAAUGGAUCAGUAGAUGGCAGUCUGCUCACAAGGCAAGAAGAACAGAAUGGAUUUAUGCAGCAGAGAGGAAGAGAGCACAAAAUAAGACUCCCAGAGCAUAUUUAUGAUGACCCUAUGCAGAAAAUCACAGACCUCCAAAAAGAGUUUUAUGAGUUAGAAAGCUUACAUUCUGUGGUGCCUCAAGAAGACAUAGUUUCAAGCUCUUACAUCAUUCCAGAAAGCCACGAGAUAGUGGAUCUGGGAACCAUGGUAACUUCUACCAGUGAAGAAAAGAAAUUAUUAGAUGCUGACACUGCCUAUGAAGAACUCAUGAGGCGGCAACAGAUGCAGAUGACAGAUGGAUCCAGCCCCACACAGACCACCAUUGGGGAUGACAUGGCCGAGUCCACUAUGGACUUUGACAGGGUGCAAGAUGCAUCUUUGACAUCCAGUAUCCUUUCUGGAGCAUCUCUGACAGACUCUACCAGCAGUGCAACUCUCUCUAUCCCAGAUGUUAAGAUAACCCAACAUUUUUCAACAGAAGAACUGGAGGAUGAGUAUGUAACUGAUUAUACAAGAGAAAUUCAAGAGAUCAUUGCCCACGAAUCACUGAUAUUGACCUACUCUGAGCCUUCAGAAAGUGCUGCAUCUGUUCCACCCUCUGACACACCUUCGCUCACAUCAUCUAUUUCUUCAGUCUGCACCACAGAUAGCUCCUCACCUGUUACUGCCCUGGAUAGCCUAACCACUGCUUACACAGAGCCAGCAGACGUAAUAACGAAAUUUGAAGACUCUGAGGAAAUUUCUUCAUCAACUUAUUUUCGGGGCAGCAUCAUAGACUACCCAGAAGACAUAAGUGUGUCUUUAGAUCGGACCAUCCCACCCGAAAGUAGAGCUAGUGCGGAUCAUAUUAUGAUUUCCUUCUCUAGUAUAACACCGUCGGUCACAGAAUCUCUAAGUCCUAAAGCUGACAGGCCACAAGCAGACGCCGUGUCCACUGACUUACCUCUGUCUGAAAAGGAUCCAAUAAAAGGCAAGAAGGAAACUGGGGAUGGAAUUAUUCUAGAAGUUUUGGAUGCUUACAAAGAUAAAAGGGAAGAGUCUGAGGUUGAACUAACAAAAAUAAGCUUACCUGAAACUGGCUUGGCCCAAACACCUUCUGUAACAGCCCCUCAAAUGAAGGAACAAGCCGUAUCUCCAUAUUCUGUAUCUGGAAAGCUCCCUGGUCAGGAAAAGCCCACAUAUAGGUUACCAUCAGCUGGUCUUCCCGUUUCUACCCAUCCAUCUAAGUCUCGUCCAUUUUUCCGAAGUUCUUCUUUGGACGUAUCAGCCCAGCCACCCCCUCCUCCUCCCCCACCACCUCCUCCCCCUCCGCCACCACCUCCUCCCCCUCCUCCACCAUUGCCCCCAGCAACUUCACCUAAGCCAUCCACUUAUCCUAAAAAGAAGCUGGCAGUGGCCCCUCCAGUGACUCCAACGACGAUUGUAGAGGUCACGACGGCUCAGAGGAGUAACGGGGUACCUGCAACCAAAAUCUGUACCGCUGUACCUCCUCCUGUCCCUCCUAAGCCCUCUUCCAUCCCAACUGGACUUGUGUUUACACACAGGCCAGAGCCAAGCAAACCCCCGAUUGCCCCCAAGCCAGCAGCUCCUCAGCUUCCCGUGACUACACAGAAAACAUCAGAUGUAUGCCCCAAACCAACAGGUCUGUCUUUGACUUCAAGUAUGUCCUUAAAUUUAGUGACUUCCGCAGAUUACAAACUGCCUUCCCCUACCUCUCCACUCUCCCCACACUCUAAUAAAUCCUCACCAAGAUAUUCUAAGUCUCUAAUGGAGACUUACGUGGUUAUUACAUUGCCCUCUGAACCUGGGACUCCAACAGAUUCUUCUGCUGCUCAAGCCAUUACCAGUUGGCCCUUGGGAUCACCCCCAAAAGAUCUGGUUUCCCUUGAAACGGUGUUUUCUGUAGUUCCUCCUGUGACAGCUGCAGAAAUUCCAACUUCUUCACAGCCAGCCCUGUAUGCACCAGGAGCUUUGGAGACAUAUCCUGUUGCCCCUGUUGUAACUCCAUCUCUAUUUCAAGGAGCUCCAACUUCACUUACACAGUUUCUUCCAACAGAAGCUUCAAAAAUGGAGGUUUCUGCAACCAGAAGUGCAGUCCCAAGUGUGGCUCCCAGAAGCGUUUCCAUACCCAUUCCUCCAGAGCCUCUUGCUCUGGACAGACAUCAGUACAGGGAAAAUGGAAAGUUGCAGCUUAUUGGUGAUGCCAUUGAUUUGCGUACAAUACCAAAAACAGAAGCUAAAGCAACUGAAAAAUGUAUGGAUCUUUCUGCUUCUGCAAUGGAUGGGAAAAGGCAGACCACAGCAAAUGAAGUUUACGGGCGACAAAUUAGUGCCAUCCAACCUUCCAUCAUAAAUCUCAGUGCAUCUUCCUCAUUGGUAACUCCAGUCACCCUAGACUCUGAGACGGUGGCUGUUGUCACAUGCACAGAUACUACAGUUUACACAACAGGCACAGGAAGCCAAGUGAGUGCAGAGCAUGCAAUGACGUCACCACUCCAGCUUACUAUGUCAAAACAUACUGAGUCACCAUACAGGAUACCAAGUGGCCAGGCAUUUCCUGUGAUCAGAGAUGAAGCGCCAAUAAACUUAUCCCUAGGUCCUUCAGCUCAGGCAGUGCCUGUUACAAAGCCUGUCACUGUACCUCCUGUGGGUGUCACAAACGGCUGGGCUGACAGCACUACAUCUCGGGGGAUCACGGAUGGGGAAGUGGUGGAUCUCAGCACAUCCAAGUCUCACAGGACUGUUGUUACAAUGGACGAAUCUACUUCAAGUGUGGUGACCAAAAUCGUAGAAGAUGAUGAAAAACCCGUGGAUUUGACUGCAGGGAGAAGAGCUGUGUGCUGUGACAUGGUUUAUAAGCUGCCUUUUGGAAGGAGCUGCACAGCACAGCAGCCUGCAACAACCCUUCCUGAAGACCGUUUCGGUUAUAGGGAUGACCACUACCAAUAUGAUAGAUCAGGUUAUGGUUACAGAGGGAUUGGUGGAAUGAAGCCUUCCAUGUCUGAUACUAAUUUAGCAGAAGCUGGACAUUUUUUCUAUAAAAGUAAAAAUGCUUUUGAUUAUUCUGGAGGAGCUGAUGCAGCAGUAGAUCUAACUUCAGGGAGAGUAUCUACAGGUGAGGUAAUGGAUUAUUCAAGCAAGACUACAGGUCCCUACCCAGAAACACGCCAAGUCAUUUCAGGAGUUGGGAUUAGUACCCCACAGUAUUCCACAGCAAGAAUGACUCCACCUCCAGGACCCCAAUAUGGUGUGGGAAGUGUUUUGAGGUCAUCUAAUGGUGUUGUCUAUUCUUCAGUAGCAACUCCAAUCCCCUCCACAUUUGCUAUCACCACUCAACCUGGCUCCAUUUUCAGCACCACGGUGAGGGAUUUAUCUGGUAUUCACACAACAGAUGCACUGACUUCAUUAUCAGCCCUGCAUCAAAGCCAGCCAAUGCCUCGAUCAUAUUUCAUAACAACAGGUGCAUCAGAAACAGACAUCGCAGUAACCAGUAUUGACAUCAAUGCCAGUCUGCAAACUAUUACUAUGGAAACUCUUCCUGCUGCGACGAUGGACUCAGCUCCUGCUUUAACCACAGCAUCGGAAGUAUUUUCUGAGGUGGGAGGAGAGGAAAGCACUCUUUUAAUUGUCUCUGAUGAAGAUAAACAACAACAGCAACUUGACUUGGAGCGAGAGCUCCUAGAACUGGAGAAAAUUAAGCAACAACGCUUUGCUGAGGAACUGGAGUGGGAACGUCAGGAGAUUCAGAGGUUCCGAGAACAAGAAAAGAUCAUGGUUCAAAAGAAGCUGGAGGAGCUGCAGUCUAUGAAACAGCACCUCCUAUUUCAGCAAGAAGAAGAGCGGCAGGCCCAGUUCAUGAUGAGGCAGGAGACCCUAGCUCAGCAGCAGUUACAGCUUGAGCAGAUCCAACAGCUGCAACAACAGCUGCACCAGCAGCUGGAGGAGCAAAAACUUCGCCAGAUCUACCAGUAUAACUAUGACCCCUCUGGAAAUGCUUCUCCACAAACCACCACUGAACAGGCAAUUUUGGAGGGUCAAUAUGCUGCUCCAGAGGGCAGUCAGUUUUGGGCCACUGAAGAUGCCACCACUACCGCCUCUACUGUGGUGGCCAUUGAAAUACCACAGAGCCAAGGAUGGUACACUGUUCAGUCUGAUGGGGUGACUCAGUACAUUGCCCCACCUGGCAUCUUGAGCACUGUUUCAGAGAUACCUCUGACAGAUGUUGUUGUAAAAGAGGAGAAACAACCCAAAAAGAGAAGCUCUGGAGCUAAAGUUCGGGGGCAGUAUGAUGAGAUGGGGGAAAGCAUGGCAGACGACCCACGGAAUUUAAAAAAGAUAGUGGACAGUGGAGUACAAACCGAUGAUGAAGAAACCGCUGAUCGGAGUUACUCAAGUAGGAGGCGAAGAACUAAAAAGAGCGUUGAUACCAGUGUCCAAACAGAUGAUGAAGAUCAGGAUGAAUGGGAUGUGCCUUCCAGGUCAAGGAGAAAAGCACGUCCGGGGAAAUAUGGAGACAGCACCACUGAGGGUGACAAGACCAAGCCCACGUCCAAAGUCUCCAGUGUAGCAGUUCAGACAGUUGCAGAGAUAUCUGUGCAAACUGAACCGGUGGGAACCAUACGGACACCUUCCAUACGAGCACGAGUGGAUGCCAAGGUAGAAAUAAUUAAACACAUUUCAGCACCUGAAAAGACUUAUAAAGGGGGCAGUUUAGGAUGUCAAACAGAAACAGAUUCAGACACACAGAGCCCUCCAUACCUGGGUGCCACCUCUCCACCCAAAGACAAGAAACGCCCGACACCUUUAGAGAUUGGUUAUUCAUCAUCUCACCUUCGGGCAGACACCACAGUGCAGCUGGCUCCUUCCCCACCCAAAUCUCCAAAAGUCCUUUAUUCACCCAUCUCACCACUUUCACCAGGCAAAGCUUUAGAAUCAGCCUUUGUACCUUAUGAAAAGCCCCUCCCUGAUGACCUAAGUCCACAGAAAGUACUACAUCCAGAUAUGGCUAACGUUCCCCCAGCAAGUCCUAAGACAGCCAAGGUGAUGCAGCGUUCUAUGUCCGACCCCAAGCCUCUGAGUCCAACAGCAGACGAGAGUUCCAGGGCUCCUUUUCAGUGUCCCGAGGGCUUCACGACUAAAGGUUCCCAAACCACAACCGCCUCUGGGUCCCAGAAAAAAGUGAAGAGAACACUGCCAAAUCCCCCUCCUGAGGAGGCAUCCACCGGAACACAGCCGACCUACAGCACAAUGGGCACUGCAUCCAGGAGAAGAAUGUGCAGAACCAAUACCAUGGCUCGAGCCAAGAUUCUCCAGGACAUAGACCGAGAGCUUGACCUCGUGGAAAGGGAGUCUGCCAAGCUUAGAAAGAAGCAAGCAGAACUUGAUGAAGAAGAAAAGGAGAUCGAUGCCAAGCUGCGGUAUCUGGAAAUGGGAAUCAACAGGCGAAAAGAAGCAUUACUGAAGGAGAGAGAAAAGAGAGAGCGUGCUUACCUGCAGGGGGUAGCGGAGGACCGCGAUUACAUGUCUGACAGUGAGGUCAGCAGCACCAGACCAAGCCGAAUAGAAAGUCAGCACGGCAUUGAGCGACCAAGGACAGCUCCUCAAACUGAAUUCAGCCAGUUCAUACCACCACAAACGCAAACCGAAGCUCAGCUGGUUCCUCCAACCAGUCCUUACACACAAUACCAGUACUCAUCGCCUGCUCUUCCCACCCAAGCACCCACCCCGUAUACUCAACAAUCUCAUUUCCAACAGCAGACAUUGUACCAUCAGCAAGUCUCACCUUACCAGACUCAACCAACCUUCCAAGCGGUGGCAACCAUGUCCUUCACACCUCAAGCUCAACCUACUCCGAGUCCACAAACAUCCUAUCAACUACCAUCACAGAUGAUGGUGAUACAACAGAAGCCUCGGCAAACAACACUGUAUUUGGAACCUAAGAUAACUUCCAACUAUGAAGUGAUUCGCAACCAACCCCUGAUGAUCGCUCCUGUUUCUUCUGAUAAUACGUAUGCGGUCUCCCAUCUUGGGAGCAAGUACAAUAGUUUGGAUUUGAGAAUAGGUUUGGAGGAAAGAAGCAGCAUGGUGAGCAGUCCAAUAUCAAGCAUAUCUGCAGACUCUUUCUAUGCAGACAUCGACCACCACACUUCCAGGAAUUAUGUCCUAAUAGAUGACAUUGGAGAGAUCACCAAAGGGUCAGCAGCACUGAGCACAGCAUUUAGUCUUCAUGAAAAAGAUCUGUCCAAAACAGACCGUCUCCUUAGAACCACUGAGACACGGCGGUCUCAGGAAGUGACAGAUUUCCUGGCACCUUUGCAGACUUCCUCAAGACUGCAUAGCUAUGUGAAAGCGGAGGAGGACCCGAUGGAGGACCCUUAUGAGUUAAAGCUUCUGAAACAGCAGAUUAAGCAAGAAUUCCGUAGAGGGACAGAGAGCCUAGAUCACCUUGCUGGUCUUUCACAUUAUUACCAUGCUGAUACUGGCUAUAGACACUUUCCCAAGUCUGAGAAGUAUAGCAUCAGUAGACUCACCCUUGAAAAGCAAGCAGCCAAACAAUUACCAGCAGCCAUACUUUACCAAAAGCAAUCAAAGCACAAGAAAUCAUUAAUUGACCCUAAAAUGUCAAAGUUUUCACCUAUUCAAGAAAGUAGAGAUCUUGAACCUGAUUAUCCAAGUUAUAUGACUUCCAGCACUUCAUCUAUUGGUGGCAUUUCUUCUAGGGCAAGGCUUCUUCAAGAUGAUAUAACAUUUGGCCUCAGAAAAAAUAUUACAGAUCAACAAAAAUUUAUGGGCUCAUCACUUGGGUCAGGACUAGGCACAUUAGGAAAUACCAUCAGGUCAGCACUCCAGGAUGAAGCAGAUAAGCCAUACAGUAGUGGGAGCAGGUCCAGACCUUCCUCUAGACCUUCCUCUGUCUAUGGGCUUGAUUUAUCCAUUAAGAGGGAAUCUUCCAGCUCAUCUCUAAGACUGAAAGCUCAAGAGGCUGAAGCUCUUGAUGUCUCCUUUGGCCAUUCAUCAUCUUCUUCCAGAACUAAGCCCACCAGCUUACCAAUCAGCCAAAGUAGAGGAAGAAUACCAAUUGUGGCCCAAAAUUCAGAAGAAGAAAGUCCACUCAGUCCUGUUGGCCAACCAAUGGGAAUGGCCAGGGCUGCAGCUGGACCUUUGCCCCCCAUAUCUGCAGACACAAGGGAUCAGUUUGGAUCAAGUCACUCAUUGCCCGAAGUUCAGCAACACAUGAGAGAAGAGUCACGGACACGGGGGUAUGACCGUGACAUAGCAUUCAUCAUGGAUGACUUCCAACAUGCUAUGUCUGACAGUGAAGUUGCGGUUGCAAUGUAUGAUGUUUCCUUGGUCUCCAAAGCCUAUCACUUACGUCGGGAGGAAACGGAUUGGUUUGAUAAACCCAGGGAGUCUCGGUUGGAAAAUGGCCAUGGUCUGGACCGGAAACUGCCAGAAAGAUUGGUUCACUCUAGACCCCUCAGUCAACAUCAAGAGCAAAUUCUGCAGAUGAAUGGCAAGACAAUGCACUACAUUUUUCCUCAUGCAAGGAUAAAAAUAACCAGAGACUCUAAGGACCACACAGUUUCAGGUAACGGUCUAGGAAUUAGAAUUGUUGGUGGUAAAGAAAUCCCUGGACAUAGUGGAGAAAUUGGAGCCUAUAUUGCUAAGAUUCUUCCUGGUGGAAGUGCGGAACACACAGGGAAACUUGUAGAAGGGAUGCAAGUGUUGGAAUGGAAUGGGAUCCCCUUAACUUCUAAAACAUAUGAAGAAGUUCAGAGCAUCAUUAACCAGCAAAGUGGGGAAGCAGAAAUAUGUGUAAGACUGGACCUCAAUAUGUUAUCAGAUUCUGAAAAUCCCCAGCACCUGGAACUUCAUGAGCCACCGAAAGCUGUGGAUAAGGCAAAAUCCCCAGGGGUUGAUCCCAAGCAGUUGGCGGCUGAGCUGCAGAAGGUCUCACUCCAGCAGUCUCCACUGGUCAUGUCGUCAGUCGUGGAGAAAGGAUCUCAUGCUCACUCAGGUCCCACAUCAGCAGGAUCCAGUUCUGUUCCCAGCCCUGGGCAGCCAGGAUCACCCUCCGUGAGCAAAAAGAAACAUGGCAGCAGCAAGCCGACUGAUGCAACAAAGGUUGCCUCUCAUCCAAUUACAGGAGAAAUUCAGCUUCAAAUCAACUAUGAUCUUGGAAAUCUUAUAAUACAUAUUCUUCAAGCAAGAAAUCUUGUCCCUAGAGACAACAAUGGCUACUCUGACCCUUUUGUUAAGGUGUACCUACUUCCGGGGCGAGGUCAAGUCAUGGUUGUCCAGAAUGCAAGUGCUGAGCACAAGAGAAGAACUAAAUAUGUCCAGAAAAGUCUUAAUCCUGAAUGGAAUCAGACAGUAAUUUAUAAAAGUAUUUCCAUGGAGCAGCUCAUGAAGAAGACAUUGGAGGUGACAGUUUGGGAUUAUGAUAGAUUCUCUUCCAACGACUUCCUUGGGGAGGUAUUGAUUGAUUUAUCUAGCACAUCUUACCUGGACAACACUCCUCGGUGGUACCCGCUGAAAGAACAGACCGAGAGCAUUGACCAUGGCAAGUCUCACUCCAGUCAAAACAGCCAGCAGUCCCCAAAGCCCUCUGUCAUCAAGAGCAGAAGCCAUGGCAUCUUCCCUGACCCAUCCAAGGACAUGCAAGUUCCCACCAUUGAGAAAUCCCACAGUAGUCCUGGUAGCUCAAAAUCAUCAUCAGAAGGCCAUCUCCGAUCUCAUGGACCAUCACGCAGUCAAAGCAAAACCAGUGUCACUCAAACCCACCUGGAAGAUGCAGGGGCUGCCAUAGCUGCGGCCGAAGCCGCCGUGCAACAACUCCGCAUUCAACCAACCAAUGGCAACCAAGACCAAAGCCAGCUAGCCCUCAGGAAGGUGAUGUCCGAUGGACCAGUCAAACCAGAAGGAGCAAAGCCCGCCAAUCACCGGCCUGCAGAGAGCUCCGUGUCCACCGGCUCCUCGGGCAGCAGCGUUGGCAGUGGGUAUAGCGUGGACAGUGAAGGAAGCGGCAGCGUGGCAGGGGAGACUAAUCUACUUCCCAUUCCAAGGAUAGGGAAGAUGGGACAGAAUGGACAAGACGCUGUGAAACAGCCAGGAAUGGGAGCGACAGACACAGAAGCAAAAACUCAAGUAAUGGGAGAAAUCAAGCUAGCACUGAAAAAGGAAAUGAAAACAGAUGGUGAACAAGUAAUAGUUGAAAUUCUCCAGUGCAGAAAUAUCACCUACAAAUUUAAGUCUCCGGAUCAUUUACCAGAUUUAUAUGUGAAAGUAUAUGUGAUAAACAUCUCUACUCAAAAAAAGGUUAUCAAGAAGAAAACAAGGGUAUGCAGACAUGAUCGAGAGCCUUCCUUCAAUGAAACUUUUAGAUUCAGCCUUAGUCCUGCAGGCCAUUCUCUUCAGAUUUUACUUUUCUCCAAUGGAGGGAAGUUUAUGAAGAAGACUUUGAUUGGAGAAGCCUGUAUCUGGCUUGACAAAGUAGACCUGAGAAAAAGACUAGUCAACUGGCACAAACUUUUGGUCAGUCCUACUCAAACACAUUGAAGAUGUGUCUGCUCAGGGUUACAGAGCCUCAGAUCGAGACUGUAGCUGAACAGUCCUGUGCUGAGCUACAUUUUCAGGAGCCAACAUGGGAUAAGAAACAAGAAUCAAAGAGACCACAUUGGUGUGGAAUACAAAAUGACUCAAAAAAGUUCAUGUAUUGAAAGCAAACGGAUGAAAAUUGGCCCAAGACACUGGAUUUCUCAAAGCUGUGAAGAGAAACUAUGAAAGGAGAUUUGACUUUUUUUAAGGUAGAAGUGUUGGAGCAGACUGCACGAGAGCAGAUGGAAAAGGCACAAAGAUUUUCAUGGUGGUCGUGGCGGAGUGAAAGCAGUUGUUUAUACACAUAGAAACUUUGUUGGAAAGGACAGGUAGAGUGAAUCUUGGUUUGAAAAGCUCAAAACUCCUUGUCUUAUAUUCUCGUAAAACUUUCUGCUUUGGGAUUCUGACAUAAGGUUCAUCUAUGAGUUUUCUACAGGACCAGAAGGUGACUGUGUUUGUGAGGAAAAGUAAGCAAGAGUUAUGAACAACAGAUUUUAGAUUGAACUGUGCAUGUUUUCCCUGUGUCUACAUUAGAAAGCUAUACAGCAGUAGGUCUGAAUUCUAUGUGGUAAAAGCACAUCUGUUUUGGGGUAAGUGGAAACAGUGAAGAGUGAAGAUAAUAGUAGGUUAAAAUUCAAUUGUAUUUAUCUAGAAAUAAAACAAAACCUAGUGACUGGUUAUUAAAGAAGAAUGCUGACCCACAAAAUAUGUACCUAGGUUGGAAACAUUAAAAUCUCUAUAAUGCACCAUGAAGUCAAGGCAUCCUCAACCGUACGCAUCAAGGCAUCUAGAUUAAUUGUUGUGUCCUAUGAAGAGGGUUGUUUAUUCAUUGAAGAAUUGCCAUGACGUGCAUCAUUUUACAUAUUUCCUUUCUCUUGGAUAGUGGAUUGUCAGAGACAUGACAUUAUUGUUCUGGCAAACAAACCAUAUUUAUCUUAUGACACUGAUUAAACUGUUGUCACUUUCUGAUUUUCUGUGGUUUUUCUCUAAACUCAGUGAUGAUAUAAUGAACACCCUGACCUCAACCUCAAGUCUUUACUCCUCCUCAGCUUUCUUGUUGGUGAUAAUAUCAUCGUUAGAAAGCUAAUGUUGGGAGAGGGUUGGAAAAGUCAAUGUUUGAAAUUAAAAUAUAUUUGAUCUAUGUUAAUAAUAUAGACCCAAACAACCAAUGUGUGAAUCAUUAAAAUAAAGCAUUCUCUCCUUGUUAAUCACCAGUGUCAAUAAAGAAAGCAACACAGAAUUGUGGGAAAUACAUUCAGUGGGCCCUGAAGUCCUGGCUUCUGGUCCUGAUUUUGCUACUGACCUUGCACACAUAUUACCACAAAAAUGCAGAUUAAAUUCACUUUGCCCCUAAAAUGGUGUUUUCUUAUCCUUCUUCACAGGAUACCAGGAUGCUUAAGUAAAGAGAUCUAUGAAAUAAGAAAGCACAUUUCCAAAUAUUGCUCUAUACACAAACUGAGAGAUAAUUACUGCGUAGCUUUUUAGUUCUCAAUUUUUAUAUCUGAGAAACAACUUCCAACCAAUGAUAAGCAUCAGCAUGGAUAAAAACAGUAAAUUGUUCCCAAACUAAUUUUUAUUAAAAUAUAAACUUCCAUUUAACCUGCAAAAGACAGAACAUUAAAUGUAAGUCAUUUGUCAUACAAAGUUUACUGAAGUCCACAGCUCUUACCCCAUUGCCACACUCUACCCAAAAUAAAUGAAAUUGCUUUGCAGAGUAUUUGAGCCUAAAAAUUGUUACUUUAUUUAAUGUGAGGUUUAAGUGGGAUUACAGGAAAUCAUCUCAAAAAUAUUGGUUGGAUAUUGAAUUUUCUCAUUUUUAGGAAAAAAAAAAACCAUUACAUUUGAAAGUAAUGUAAAACCCUAGAAGUAAAAAAAUUCUCGUAUAUGCCAGAUUGUAUAACUAACACUCAUUUUAAAAAAUACAAGUUCUCUUUUCUUUGUCCUAAAAUACCAACUCUCUCUUCCUCUGUUCUCUUCUCCCCUCAAUGCAGUACCAUUUAUGACUGAUAGUCUUUUAAAGUGAACAUGGAGAUGGGAAUUUUCAAACAUAGGACACUGCUAACAUUUUAUUUUUAGAGACUGCUACAUCUGUGGUGGUUGCCAUGGAUAUUUCCAGCAGACACUCCACUUGAGGAAGCCUAUAAUCAGUCACAACUGGGGAGGAAAGGGGUCUAAGAGGAUUUUGAGACAUCAAAGGAUCUGCCAUUUGCUGUUCACAGGCGACUCUGGUUCAUCUCCUACCUGGGCCUACAGUCACUGCUACUCCAAGGGUUCGUGAAAGGUUAUGUAGCCAGGUAGCUUCCUCCAUUCUAGUUACAACUACACGGUCAGAGGGACCAGCAGAGCAAGGUCAUCAGGAGUAGCUAUUAAGCCUGAAAUAAUGGGAGCCUUUCUGAUGCAGCCACCCCUCCGUUCCAAGGAACUAGCAAUAGAGCUAGACCAAUCAGAUCAGUCGAGAGGGUCAAGGACAGAGCUUCUUCUCAUGCACCAGCAUUCCCCUUGCAAAAGAAAAAGAACCUGCCAGUGCGGUGCGCCAGGUUCCUAGCUGACCAAGCUCCUAGGUUGCUACAGGAAUUGCUCUAUGCAACACCAAUUCUUAAACGAAUGCACUCCUGAGGGACACCGACUGCCCUUCUCACAGUGAAACUAUUUCUUUUUUAAUUGCAAAUAGGGCUCUUAGUGUUUUUUUACUUUUUUGUAAAUAACACAUGAUUUUCCAUUUUUUUUAUUUUAUGUUAUGUUAUUGGAAUUAGCUUUUCUAUCUUAACAGUAACAAAGUUUAUAAUCUCCAAUCACUAGGUUAUUAAUCUUCCCGCAGCACCUCGAGAAGCAUUUUGUUUUCCCUUCUAGUCCAUUGAGUCGUCAAAAAUGGAAGUUGCUUGUUGGUUAAAAAAUUAGUAGUCAGGAAUCUUUCAUCUGGAGAAGAAAAAGCACAGAGUGAAUUUUUAUGAAAGACGGAGAAUCAUAGAAUCAUUGUUACAGAUGCAGAUAACACUAGUAGCAAGAAGUUGGUGUUUUCUCUGAUUUUACUUAAUAUCAAGAAAAAUUGUGGUGACUCUGAACUCAUCUGAUUACCAUAUCUGUUUAAAAGAAUGAUAUUCAACAUUAAAAGGUAACUGCCCUUGACCCUUAAUAUUGUCCAUAUUUUAGUAAUUCAUGAUAGUUAACUAUACAUUGUCUGCAUAUCUAGGAGGUUGAUUUGGGGAAUCACACACACUCGAAUAAUUGUACCCUGGGAAUAUUAUAGCUGGUAACCAGCUGACACUGAUUCUCAUUGUAGAGUGGCUGUUUGGUGUUGGUGAUAGCCGUAGAGACAAUAGUGGUGGCAGUGAUGUCGAGUAAAAUAGAUUAUUUAUUACCAUAUUGUGCCCAAUUUGUUAGAAAUGAUUUAAUCAAUGCUUCAUUUCAUUAAAAUACCAUAAAGAUGUUUAUAGUAUUUUUUUACUUUAUUAUUUAAAUCAUAACUAACAAUAUUUUUAAAAACUUAUUUUAAUUGCUAUAAUGUCAAAUAGUCCAAAAUUAGCCAACUACAGCUACAUGUGUUUAUAAAUAUAUGUAUGACAGAAGAGACUUUCCCUCCCUUUGAGUUUGAAAUGAAAGUGAAAGCUCGAUAAAUAAUUGGGAGCUUUUCCCUUAAUAGUUAUUUGCCUUUAGUAUAACACAAGAAUGAAUGAGUGAAACUUACAUUCUCAUUGAAUAUGACAUAUUGAUGUUUUCUGUAUGUCUCAUGUGGCUAUUAUUAAAGAUAUACAUUAAACAGAAAGCAUUAAUCAAGUUCUUUAUCUGCUAGGUAGACUGAGAGCAUUUUCUGAAUCCAUUCCCCUGUAUAUAACUCAACGUUCGGUAACCCAGCAGCUGUUGAACUAAUUUCAUCCUUUGGAAGUCAGCAUGUGACUGAUUCUCAUUCGACUGUGUCUGUGUCUGUGUUCAGUGAUGUGCUCAGGUGCUCCCAUACUGAUUAAUGUGUGUGCUAAUAUCUUAACAACACAUCUGUUUAAAAAAGGUGUUUCUUGUCUAAGAAAAGUUUAAAACCUAAUAAAAUUUAUUUCCAAUAACACAUGAAGUACUUGGAGAUGUGUCUCGUUUCUCUGACCAUAUCUUGCAUGCUUUCUUGGUGAUUUGCUAAUCUUUUUAUUAUUUUUUUUGUUUACUUAACACUCUGAAAAAUUUAAUGAACAAAUGCAAAUUCUUGGGUUAUUGAUUGUGUAAACUGACCUGAAAAUAUGAGAAUUGUGUAGAACAAAUGCUUGUAAAUUUGUCUUGAGUUUUACUCUGUAAAAACAUGUCUUGGUUUUGUGACUAUACACAAGUUGUAUCUUGGUAACUUAUGAAAACUGUGCUGUAUAAAGGCUGUUAUAUCAGCCUUACUAAUAAAUAUUGAAAACAUCAA